UUGAGUUGUUAUGCAAAGCUACCGUUGAUCAGGUUUGAAUGAAGAGGCAAAUGAACUAUGAAGGUAAAGAAGAAGAAGGAAGUGAUAUUAAUGGUCAAUUCUUUAAAUUUAGAAUUCAAACCCUAAAUCGAGAGAGUGAGAGAAACAUGGUGAGGAAUUUGAGGAUCUAGAAAGGAAGUGGAUGAGUUAGCUCAAGAGGACCGAGGAUUUGGGUGACUAAAAAGAUAGCAAACAAUAUUUCUUUAUAGAGCUUUUAGAUUUAACUUUCACCAUUUUCAAAUUCGAUUUCUUCUCACACAACAACUAACUGGAUCGAGAAAAAUUCGGAGCUUCUUCCACACACACACACACACACACACACACACACAAUCUCUUCCUUUUCAAUCUUUCCUUCAAUACAGGUAUGUUCUUCCCAAUUCCCUAACUUAUUUGGAUCCUCCAAACUUUUCAUUUCGAUUUGUAUUGUUGUAUUCAAGAUUAAUGGGCUUCUGGGUUCUAUUCUCCAACUCCGCAUUUGAAGUUUUUUUCAUAACGACAAAGUCAUUGAGUUAAAAUAGGCAAAGUGGUUUUUGAGCUACUGUGUCUCGUCUAUAUCCAUGUCUCAAUUCUGGGUUUGUGUUAAAUUUUAUGAAGUGAUAUUUCGUGGGUGAAAAAAAAAUUAGAUGGAAGAUUGCAAGAAUGGCGCAAGAAUAUCAAACUUGUGACAGUGGCGGUGAUGGUAGUUUGGGGUUUAGUAUUAUUGGUUGUAGUGGGAAAUUUUCCAAUAGGAAGUCAAAACAAAGGAGAGCUCCACAGAGAGGGUUAGGUGUAGCACAACUUGAAAAGAUCAGGCUAGAAGAACAGCAAAAGAGAAAUGCAAAUGCAGUUUUUUCACCCCCAUCUGCUUUAUCACCCCCCAAAACCUUCUCUAAGCUAUCUGUAUUAGCUCCAAAUUUGCAUCCCACAAAGCAAUCUUCCAGUAGUGUUCCACUAACCUCUCUAUCUCCAACCAGUUUUUCUCCAUCCAAUUUUGUAUUCAAGUCACCUUUGCCAAGCCACAAUAUUGAUGAUACAAACAUCAGAACUCCACUGGUUCAAUUGGAGAGUGGUGGUUUUGAGAAUGAAUGGUCAGAUUUGCCAAUACUUGGGCAAGGAGAGGUCCCUAAACCAUGCAAUCCAUCAGAAUUCAUUCCUCGACAGGAUAAUUUGGUCUUUAAUUCCAACUUGGGAUUUCGAUCCAAUUUCGUUUUGACUCAUGAAUCCAACAUCGAUUGGUCUUCCCCAGGGUUGGUGCAAAAAGAACAGCAACAUCGGUUAUCUUCUUCUGCAGGGGUGGACGGGUCGUCAUCAUUGUCCCUGCUAAACUUCCUUACAGAGCCCCCUUCAAACCAAAACUAUCGUGGCAAUCACACUGCAGUUUGGCCAGAUCAGAUGUUUGGCACGAAGAGACCGUAUGCCUUCUUUGUGGACAGCCCUGCAGGCCCUUCGUUCAAUUGCAGACCGCCUAUGGCUGCUCCUAUGAGAUCAGAUGAAUCUGCUUCUUGUAGUAACAUUGGCCUCUACAGUUUUCCAUUUCUCGAAGAAGGUUCAUCUUGUUCAUCUUCAUCCUCAGAACCAAAUUCAAGGAAAAAAAUGAAAGGAAAUGUUUCUAGAGGAGAUCUACCCACACUAGCCACUCCAACAACUACAUGGAUGUGCCAAAACUCAAAAAUUAAGCACCUUUCAGGUCAUGCUAUGGAUAGUGGCAAUGAGUUCAUGGAUCUAGUAUCACUGCCUCUUCUUCGAGGAAUCAUGGAGUUCCCAACCUGUCCCCAUCCAGCACCGAGUUGGCUCUAUCGAUUUCAACCAUACUACCGAUUUUUACCUCCAGCAAUGGCACAAAAUGGACAGACAUCCCCCAAAACUUCGAGCAUACUCAAUGUUGAAGAUAAGAGUGUUGAUCUUAAUCUGAAAUUAUAAACGCCACACUGCUCACCACAGUUUGUACUCCUUGCUUUGGAACCUUUUGCACAACAGUUCAUAUUUAUGAGAUCAUUCAAUAGUAUGUUGAAGUUUCUUUACUUAUUCA